CACCAUGAAAGGAUUACACUUUGGGGGAAAAUAUCUAUAACCCAGAGAAGUUCGAUUUGUAAAUCUUGAUUCUUGGCCGUUCUUGUUAAAUCUUGGGCCGCCAAGAGUUAUUCAUCCCUUUGACUAUAUUGGGUUGUGAAAUCUAUGGCUUCUUUGGCGUUUACUGGUAGCUUUAUCGGAUUGGACCACUUUCGCUGCCGUAUACCUGGCCGGAAUGGAAUUGUUAAGUAUGCUUUGGCUGAACCUUUAAAAUUCAAACAAAAUGGGAAGAUCAUUACUCAUGUUGCUCGAAAUGAUGAAGCAACAUUUCCUAGUUUUAUGACUAGCAAUUAUCCACAACCGAAUGUGGUUUACAACCCCAAUGAGACUAGACUCAAAAUAUUCUCAGGAACAUCUAAUCCUGCACUUUCUCAGGAAAUUGCAUGUUACUUGGGUCUGGAUCUUGGAAAGAUAAAGAUAAAAAGGUUUGCAGAUGGGGAGAUUUAUGUGCAAUUGCAAGAAAGUGUUAGAGGAUGUGAUGUAUAUCUAGUGCAACCUACAUGCCCACCUGCAAAUGAGAAUCUUAUGGAGCUUCUUAUAAUGAUAGAUGCUUGUAGGAGGGCAUCAGCCAAGACUAUUACUGCUGUCAUCCCGUAUUUUGGAUAUGCUAGGGCUGAUCGAAAGACUCAAGGGCGUGAAUCGAUUGCAGCCAAACUUGUAGCGAAUUUGAUCACUGAAGCGGGUGCAGAUCGUGUUCUUGCAUGUGACUUGCAUUCUGGGCAAUCUAUGGGUUAUUUUGACAUCCCAGUUGAUCAUGUACAUGGACAGCCUGUGAUACUGGAUUACCUUGCUAGCAAGAACAUUUGUUCGGACGAUUUGGUUGUGGUAUCGCCUGAUGUUGGUGGUGUUGCUCGUGCACGUGCUUUUGCCAAAAAAUUAUCAGAUGCUCCUCUAGCAAUUGUAGAUAAAAGGCGUCAAGGACAUAAUGUUGCAGAGGUAAUGAACCUGAUUGGUGAUGUCAAAGGAAAAGUGGCAGUUAUGGUGGACGAUAUGAUCGAUACUGCUGGCACUAUUGCGAAAGGAGCUGAGUUAUUGCACCAUGAGGGAGCCAGAGAAGUGUAUGCGUGUAGCACUCAUGCCGUGUUUAGCCCUCCUGCAAUAGAGAGAUUAUCAAGUGGACUGUUUCAAGAAGUGAUAAUAACAAACACUAUUCCGAUAUCUGAAAAGAACUACUUCCCUCAGCUGACAAUCUUGUCUGUGGCGAAUCUCUUGGGUGAAACCAUAUGGCGCGUUCACGAUGAUUGUUCUGGUGGUUUUGAACCAUAUUCUAGCUUGGGCAUUGAUUAAUGAACCAACCAACCAACCCUAAGGAAGUUGCAGCUGAUGAAGAAGAAGAGGAAGUAGCCAUGAGAGAAACUUUCUUAAACAACUAGCUAGAGAAAACCUUUUUGUUGUGUGGUUUUAUUAAAACAAAUGAUUCUUCAUUUUUGUCAAACCACUCCUCCACUAUAUGCUUCAAAUAGAGUAUUGUAUAUCUUAACAUACUAAUAGAAGAGAUUCUAAAAUUUUCAACAA